AUGAGUUCUGAUGAAGAAUAAGAUAAUUAUAAUGAGGAUUAAAUCAUUAAUUUGAUUUCUGCUUUACAAUAGAAAAGUAAUAAGUGAUCAAUAUAAGGUUAGUAAAGACAAAUAGAACUAAUAAUGGUUUAAUGAAAACCAAUAGAACUAAUGAAUCAGAUAAUUGGAAUGAAUUUAGAGAAACAUAAAAAGAGAAACCAUAGUUAAACAAUUAUGGUAAUUCAAAUGAAUUCAGUUUACAAAGAGAAUAAUCAAAGCACUCUAGUAUAUCUGAAAAUUUAAGUGAUUUUAUUGUAAGAACUGNUUUAUGUUUAUGUUUUUAUGAUGAAAAAGGUUCAUUUUUUGCUGGUUGUGAAAAUGGAUCAAUAGUUUAUUGGUAUAGAAAUGAUUAAAAAUGGACACCUUAUAUUUAGACAUAACAACAUUAAAGAGGAGUUAAUUUUAUAUAAGGAGAUUAAAAAAAUGGUUAAAUGGUAUCUGUUAGUGAUGAUUGUACAAUAAAAAUUUGGAUUUAAAAAGAAGAUGAAAUGAUUUGGGAAGUUAAAUACACUUUAUAAGGUCAUUAAUCUGGAAUUUAAACAGUUUAAUUUAAUAGAAAUUCUAAUGUUAUUGGAAGUGGAGGAUUCGAUAAAACAAUAAUAUUAUGGAAUUAUAAGAAUUAAGAAUGGAUUCAAAAUCAAAUACUGAAAGGACAUAAAGGCAGUAUAACAACAUUAUGUUUUAGUAAAUUAAAGGAUGUUUUAGUUUCUGGUAGUUAGGAUUGUUUUGUUAGAAUAUGGGAAAUGGAAUAGAAUUAAUUAUAUAAGAAAAUAUAGACUUUGGAUGGUCAUAAAGCUUCUAUUACUUCUGUGAUAUUUAAUUCAGAUUCAUCCAUUUUAUUUACUGGUAGUAAGGAUUGCACAAUUAAAUUUUGGAGAUAGAAUAUGUCAAAUAAAUGGGUUUUGCAUAGAGAAUUCUAAUAGAAUUAUAUGAUUAGUUAGAUUUCAAUAAGUAACAAUAAUUUUAAUAUAAUUGUUGGUGGUUUUGGUGGAGAAACUACAUUUUAUUAAUCUUAAGAUAAUUGGGGAUGA